UGGGUGUUGCAGAGGCGGCGCGAGGAGUGCGAGCGGAAGGCUCGCCGCGGGGAGAUGGACCCGCGGCUCGAGUUCACCUUCCAGCUCCUCAUCGACGGCACCGGCCUGCCGCGCGCCGAACUCAUGGACUACGUCUUCGAUGGAAACAUGCUGGACGAGAUAAAUCAGUUAUUCCUUCCACACAUGAGGAACAAGCUGCUGUGGUUCUUUCAAGAAGUGGAGGAGCCAGAGAUACCCCCUGUCCCCGAUGUUAUUCAAUCUACUCCAUCACGCCCGAACGUUGCUUCAUCGUGCUCUAAAACACCGCAGCCGCGGGCCAGCGCGUCGAGCGGCGGGCCACGCAAGAAGCUUUUCCUCACCGACGGCUGCCAGGUGCCGCUCUCUGGCAUCUGCAUCUACGUCUUCCGCCUCAACACCGGCAAGCAGCUGCCCGAGGAGGGCUUCCACAAGGACCUGUUCUGCGGCGUGCUGGACAUGGCGCGCGUCGGGCUGGUGACGUCGGUGGAGCGAGUAAUGGAGCACGUCUUCAUGGAGGCGCUCGCCUACCCCGCGCCGGACGUCGACGACGACGACUGCACCUGUCCGCUGGUGCGCAACCAGCUGCUGCCCGGCCUGCGCUCCUUCUGCAGCGCCCUCAGGGUGUGCGAGGAAGUGUGCGACGAACCGAACCUGUUCGAGGACGGGCAGACCCUGAUGGCUGGGGUGCGAAGCCUGGAGGAGGCUCGCGAGAUGAUCGCCACGGCCGACCAGCUGGCCGCCCUCGAGGCGCGCGUCAAAGUCUGGAUGCGCCGCGUCCAGGAGGUUUUGAUGGAGAGCCAGCAGCUGCGUCGGGAGAACGACUCCAGUGGCCCUCAAGACGAGCUGGAGUACUGGAAGAAACGGGGAGCGCAAUUCUCGCAGAUAGUUUCUCAUCUGCAAAGCAAGGAGGUUCAGAUGACCAUACAGUGUCUGGCACAAGCACGCUCGAAAAUUUUAAAGCACUGGAAAGACACCGAUCGAAAAAUUACCUACUGUUACAACGAAGCACGUGAUAAUGCAAAAUUCAUUCAGUCAAUGGAAAAAUGUUGCCAUUCACUCUACCUGCACGAUCCGGUACGAAUGAGAGAUUCUAUUUUAAGUCUACUGCAAACAGUUCGCUUGAUACACAGCGUUUCGCAGUUCUACAAUACAUCUGAGAGAACCUCUUCCUUAAUGGUCAAGAUAACGAACCAGAUGAUAGAGACGUGCAAGCAAUACAUCACGAACCGCGGCAAGGAGACCAUCUGGUCGCAAGAGCGGGCGGAGGUUCGUCGCAAGCUGGAGCACUGCAUCCGGCUGAACAGUACCUACCGCAGCACGUACAGCGUCGUGAAGAGCCAGCCGUUUCUCCCGGGACAGACCUCCUUCAGCUUCUCCGAGAACUACGUCUUCGGCAAAUUCGACGCCUUUUGUGACCGUCUCAACAAAAUUAUCACCAUGUUCAAUCUUGUUGACGAUUAUAACAUUUUAUUUGAAAGGCGCAUGGAAGGUCUGCUUCUUGGAGAAGCUCUGGAAGACGCCAUGAAGACGUUCGAAGAAGCUAAAAGUGGAGUCACAUCUAAAGUGUACGAUUACCUCGACCAGCGAAAUAUUGAAUUUGACGCCGAUUUUGAGAUUUUUCUUGCAAAAACUAAUGAGCUCAAAGAACAUGUUGGGUCCAUGAUAGAGGAAAAUUUUGACAGUGUUUGGGAGAGUCCCCAAGGAAUUCGUUUCCUUAUUCGUUUUGAAAAGGUGAGCGAGAAGAUCCCUUUGACAAAGAUGGAUGACAAGUACGAGCGAGUCAUCAAAUACUGCGAGCGCGAAGUGGAGAGAAUUAUGAAGCUAUUUCGUAAGCAAAAGGACGAUCCUCCGAUGCCACGCAACUUCCCUCCCACAGCUGGGCGCAUCGCGUGGGUGCGGUCGCUGUACUCGUACCUGUGGGAGCUGGUGCGCAGCGCGUCGUCGCACGCCGUGCUGCGCGGCAUGGCUGCCACUGCGGACCUGGUGCGCAGGCACGGACACGUCGCCGCCGCACAGCUCGCCUACGAGGCGGAGACCAUUGACGCCUGGAUGAACCAGAACGCCUGGGUGGUGGAGGAGGGUUUGUCGCGCACGCUGUUGACACUGAACGAGGAGCCGGCGGGGCUGGCGGUGAACCUGGACAACCGCGUGCGCCUCGUGCUGCGAGAGGCCGACUGCCUCGCCAAGAUGGACGUGCCGCUGCCCGUCGUCACACAGACGCUGCUGGCCAACACCAAGUACUUCACGCUGGUCAACGACUCGCUGCAGAUGCUUUUGAAUCAGUUCACGAUAGCAGUGCAACGUGUGAAGCUGGAAGUUCGGCCGUUGUUCCUACCGCAGUUGGUUCGUCUGACAAACCUGCUGGCUCCCGGACUCAACAGCAUCACAUGGACCAACCCAGAGUGGAAGAAUUUCUGUAAUAGCACUUCGGAAGCAAUAAGAAACUUCGAUAUUCUCGUUACAAGGGUCAACGACGUUUACUCAAACCGAAUAUUAAAAGUCUUAGCUAGCAUGCAGAAAGUGUGUCUCCACGCCUUACCUCUAGACGAGCCUUGGAGUGUGGAAGAAUUUCUACAGCAGACAGAGGAUACCUGUCGAAAUGCGGCUAUUGAAUUAAAUCGAAAGAGCCUUAUGGUUGAAGAAGCAGUAGAAGAAGUUCUGGAAUUGGUAAGAAGAGCUGGAGAAGCAAUGAAAACUAGUUCAGAUGGAGAUGUUUUCAAAGAGCAGGAAGCGGCGGGCGGCGCGGGCGGGAACGGCAGCGUGGUGUCGGGGAGCUCGAACCAGCAGCAGCAGGACUGGAGUCUGGUGUGGGAGUGCUUCGACAGCCCGCACACGCUGCUCGCCACGGGCAACGGCGGGCUGUCCAAGGUGAUGCAGGAGCUGGUGCGCAACGCCGUCGCCGAGAUGCGCCGCUACUACAGCCGCAAGGCGGUCGACGUGCUCAUCAGAGUCACCAGGCACUCGCUCGACUGCCUGCGGAAGCGCUUCUACGUCGACCUGGAAGGAGAGCAGAAGCCAGUUUUCCUGCUGAACGCAACGCUGAUGAUCCCCAAGGUGGUGGUACGGCCCAGCCUGGAAGACGUUCAGGACGCUCUCGCCACGGCCGGCAAGAACAUCUCCAGCGUCGCGAAGGGCGUCGGCCAGUGGACUGGCGGACAGAGCCAACAGAGGUCCGGCUGGCGGAAGCUGGCCGGGCGGCCGUCGCAGGCCGUGCUUGACGUGGUGUCCCGCCUGGAGCAGGCUGCGCGCGGCCCCGAGGACGCCCGCUCGCGCCGCCGCAAGCUGUACCGCCUCGCCUCCGACGAGCGGCCCUCCUUCCCGCAGCAGGCGCGCAACUUCUACAGCCACGUCAUGGAGAACAAGGAGGUCGUCAAGACGCUCUCUCUGCUCUCCACCUGCACGCAGGACGUGCGACAGGAGCUGACGGCGUUCCUGGAGCGGUGGCGGCCGUACGAGUUCCUGUGGCAGACGGAGCGCGGCAAGCAGGACAUGAUGGCCGCCGGGCUCGCAGAGUUCGAGGCCUCGCUGCGCCGGCACGGCGAGCUCGAGGCGCGCCUCAGCGUCGAGCCUGACAUGCACGUCUUCGCCAACUGCCUUGCCGUCUCCGCAGAGAAACUAAAAUUUGGUCUACUGACUGAGGUGCGGGCAUGCACCUACCGCAUCGGACAGGCGCUAAAGAAGAAGUACCGGCGGGAGAUGGACUACGUGUACGCAGUGAUCAGCGAGAUGGAGCGGAAGCUCGAGAGGCCCAUCCGAGACCUGGACGACGUGAGGCUCGUGAUGGACACGCUGCGCAAGAUACGCGAGCAGGAGGUCGACAUGGAGCUCCGCAUCGAACCCAUCGAGGAGGCGUUCAACGUGGUGACGCGCUACGAGCUUCCGGUGGCGCGCGAGGACCUGGAGCAGGUGGACAACCUGCGCUACACGUGGCAGCGGCUGCAGACGCGCGCGCUCGACGUGCACGUGCUGUUGCUCGCCAUGCAGCCGCACUUCCAGGAGGACCUGCGCGCCAACCUGGAGCGCUUCCGCCAGGACAACAUUGAGUACUGCCACGAGUACCGCACCAGCGGGCCCAUGAUGCCCGGCCUCACGCCCCGCGAGGCCUCAGACCGUCUCAUACUCUUCCAGAAUCGCUUCGACGGACUGUGGCGCAAGCUGCAGACGUACCAGAGCGGUGAGGAGCUGUUCGGGCUGCCCACCACGGACUACCCCGAGCUGGGCCAGAUCCGCAAGGAGCUCAACUUGCUGCAGAAGCUUUACAAGCUGUACAAUGAUGUCAUCGAUCGCGUCAGCAGCUACUACGACAUCCCGUGGGUCGAGGUCAACAUUGAGGAGAUCAAUAACGAACUUAUGGAAUUCCAAAACCGUUGCCGCAAACUACCCAAGGGCCUAAAAGAAUGGCCAGCGUUCCACGCUCUCAAGAAAACCGUCGACGAUUUCAACGACAUGUGUCCUCUGCUCGAGCUGAUGGCCAACAAGGCGAUGAAGCCCAGGCACUGGCAGCGAAUUAUGGAGGUCACUAAAUAUAACUUCGAGCUCGACAGCGAAGGAUUUUGUCUGAAAAAUAUACUGGAAGCGCCUCUUCUUCCAAACAAGGAAGAUAUUGAGGACAUAUGCAUCUCAGCAAUGAAGGAGAAAGACAUUGAAGCAAAACUGCGUCAGGUGACUAACGAGUGGACUGCCCACGAGCUCACCUUCAUGACAUUUAAUAACCGCGGAGAAUUACUUCUCAGAGGUGACACCACAGCGGAAACUAUUGGCCAGCUCGAGGACAGCCUCAUGAUCCUCGGCUCGUUGAUGUCUAAUAGGUACAACGCUCCUUUCAGAAAGCAGAUUCAACAGUGGGUACACGAUCUAGGCAACACCAACGAAAUUCUAGAGCGAUGGCUGCUCGUCCAGAAUAUGUGGGUUUAUCUUGAAGCAGUCUUCGUUGGCGGCGACAUAGCAAAACAGCUGCCCAAGGAAGCAAAGAGGUUCAGCAAGAUCGACAAGUCGUGGCAGAAGAUCAUGCAGCGCGCGCACGAGACGCCAGGCGUGGUGGCGUGCUGCGUGGGCGACGACAUGCUGAAGCAGCUGCUGCCGCACCUCCAGGAGCAGCUCGAGCUCUGCCAGAAGUCCCUCAGCGGCUACCUCGAAAAGAAGAGAACGAUGUUUCCACGGUUCUUCUUCGUUUCGGACCCUGCGCUGCUGGAGAUACUUGGGCAAGCUUCGGAUUCGCACACCAUCCAGAAUCACUUGCUGUCUAUUUUUGAUAACAUUCGCUACGUAAAAUUCCACGAAAUAGAGUACAACAAGAUGACAGAUAUCAUUUCUUCGGAAGGAGAAUCAAUCCAACUGGAAAGGGCGGUGCGCGCCGAGGGCAGCGUCGAGACGUGGCUGACAUCGCUUUUGCAGACGGCGCAGGCGUCGCUGCACUCCAUCAUCCGCCAGUCCUACACCAGUAUCAACGACCCCAACUUCAACGUGCUCACCUUCCUCGAUAAAAUGCCCGCUCAGGUCGGAAUUUUAGGAAUACAGAUGAUCUGGACCAGAGAUGGUGAGGCGGCCCUCAUGCAAGCUCGUGCUGACAAGAAGAUUAUGUCAGAGACUAACAACAAAUUUCUAGAAUUGCUUAAUACCCUUAUCGACCAGACGACCCGUGAUCUAACCAAGUUAGAGCGGAUCAAGUUCGAAACUCUCAUCACUAUACAUGUGCAUCAGCGGGACAUUUUCGACAUUCUGUGUCGCUUGAACGUCAGACAUGCAAACGACUUUGAGUGGCUGAAGCAAUGCCGAUUCUAUUUCAAAGAAGAUGUCGACAAGACGUGGAUUGCAAUUACUGACGUGACUUUCACUUACCAGAAUGAGUAUCUAGGUUGUACCGAGAGACUCGUAAUCACACCGCUAACUGACAGGUGCUACAUCACACUGGCGCAGGCGCUGGAGAUGAGCAUGGGAGGCUCUCCUUGCGGCCCUGCAGGGACGGGGAAGACGGAAACUGUCAAGGACAUGGGCAAAACGCUCGCCAAGUAUGUCGUCGUCUUCAACUGCUCAGACCAGAUGGACUACAGAGGCCUCGGGCGCAUCUACAAAGGGCUUGCGCAGUCGGGGUCUUGGGGUUGUUUCGACGAGUUCAACCGGAUCGAGCUGCCGGUACUGUCCGUGGCGGCGCAGCAGGUGGCCGUCGUGUUGGCCGCCAAGAAGGAGAAGCGCAAGCAGUUCGUCUUCACCGAUGGCGACUCCAUCCAAAUGUGCCCGGAGUUUGGAAUAUUCAUUACUAUGAACCCUGGCUAUGCCGGUCGCAAAGAAUUGCCGGAGAACUUGAAAAUUCAGUUCCGCACAGUGGCUAUGAUGGUUCCAGACAGACAAAUUAUCAUUCGGGUAAAGCUAGCCUCCUGUGGCUUCCUGGAAAACAUCACUCUCGCCAGGAAAUUCUACACGCUCUACAAGCUGUGUGAGGAGCAGCUCACCAAGCAGGUUCACUACGAUUUCGGCCUUCGUAACAUUCUCUCUGUACUCCGAACUCUGGGUGCGGCCAAGAGAACAAACUGCAAGGAUUCGGAGAGUACAAUCGUCAUGAGAGUUCUUCGAGAUAUGAAUCUUUCCAAGCUCAUAGACGAAGACGAGCCUCUGUUCAUCUCUCUGGUAGCGGACUUGUUCCCCAACCAAGCGCUUGAGAAGACGUCGUACCCAGAUCUCGAAAGCGCGAUUGCCGAGCAGGUAGAGGAAGCUGGACUCAUUUUCCAUCCACCUUGGGUUCUCAAGCUCAUACAGUUGUACGAGACACAGCGGGUGCGCCACGGAAUUAUGACUCUGGGUCCAGCAGGCGCUGGCAAAACCGCAUGCAUACACACGCUGAUGAAAGCGCUCACCGCCAUGGGACAGUUUCACAGGGAAAUGCGGAUGAACCCGAAAGCAAUCACAGCCUCACAGAUGUUUGGUCGCUUGGACGUAGCAACAAAUGAUUGGACAGAUGGAAUUUUUUCAGCAAUGUGGCGGAAGACGCUUAAACUGAAAAAAGGAGAAUAUGUUUGGAUGGUGUUAGACGGGCCUGUUGACAGUAUCUGGAUAGAAAACUUGAAUUCGGUCCUGGACGAUAAUAAGACACUUACACUAGCCAAUGGGGACAGGCUUUCUAUGGCGCCCACCUGCAAAGUUAUAUUUGAACCAGAAAACAUUGAUAAUGCUUCUCCAGCGACUGUGUCACGGAACGGGAUGGUGUACAUGAGCUCCUCAGGGUUGGACUGGGAUCCUGUCGUCUGUGCGUGGCUGAAGACGCGAAGCAAAAAGGAGGGUCAGAUAUUCCAGAAACUUUUUUCGGACUCCUUCCCUACAGCUUUUACGUGGUGCACACAAAAUCUUUCCUGGGCCAUGAAAGUUCUGAAGUGCGUCAUUGUGAGACAGAUGCUAAACCUGCUGGAAGGACUGGUCCCAGUGCAGGCAGAGGAGAAAGACGAGAGCGCGGUGAUCGGCGUGCCUGGAGGCGCUGCCGCAGGCGCGGCUGCGGCCAGCCCGGCGGGAGAGGAAGAGGACGACUCCAGCCGCCACAUGGAGCCCGAGCACCUGCGCAAGUUGUACGUGUUCGCGCUCGUCUGGGGGCUGGGUGCCUUCCUCAGCAUGUCCGACAGACAGCCCUUCGACGUCUUCCUCAGGGACAAGCAGGCCGCCCUGGCACUGCCCCCCGCCACAGCCACCGUCUUCGAUUACGUCGUCACUAAAGAAGGUAAAUGGGAACUUUGGAGCAAUUUGGUGCCAAGUUAUUCAUACCCAGAGACUUCGACUCCUGACUACAGCACUAUAAUGGUUCCCAUAAUCGAAAACGUGAGAACAACGUUUCUUAUAGACACCAUAGCUUCGCAAACGAAAGCUGUUUUACUUAUCGGCGAGCAGGGCUCUGCCAAGACUGUCAUGAUGAAGGCUUACAUGAAGAAAUCCAACCCAGAAAUGUAUCUCAAUCGUUCCUUCAAUUUCUCUUCAGCUACGAGUCCAUUUCAGUUCCAGAAAACGAUUGAGAGUUAUGUUGAGAAGCGAAUGGGUAAUACUUUUGGUCCUCCAGGAGGUAAAAAAAUGAUGGUAUUUAUCGACGAUAUAAAUUUGCCGGAAAUAAAUGAGUGGGGUGACCAGAUCACCAACGAGAUUGUACGUCAGACUAUGGAUAUGAAGGGCUUCUACAGCCUCGAAAAACCUGGAGAGUUCAUAACUGUCGUCGACGUCCAGUUCGUGGCUGCUAUGUGUCUUCCUGGUGGAGGCCGAAAUGACAUACCGUCUCGCCUAAAGAAACAAUUUUCUGUGUUUAACUGCACACUGCCCACGGACACCUCCGUCGAUAAAAUAUUCUCUGUGAUAGGUGAGGGACACUAUAACGCCAAACGCGGUUUCACGUCAGAAGUGCGCCAGCUGGUGAAGAAAUUAGUCCCACUAACGAGACAGCUAUGGCAACGGACGAGGGCGAAAUUACUACCGACGCCUGCGAAAUUUCAUUACGUGUUCAGUCUUCGGGAUCUGUCUCGCAUAUGGCAAGGAAUGGUGGGUACGCUUUCAACUGUCAUCGAGAAUGAGUCAGUACUGAUGGUACUCUGGAAGCACGAGUGCACACGCGUCUUCUCUGACCGGUUUACUCUACAAUCGGACAAGGACUGGUUUGACCAUGAAUUGGUUCGAGUGGUUACUGAGUUGCUAGGUCCUUCGUAUAGCGAAAUGGUUAAAUCUGAGCACGUUUUCGUCGAUUUCAUGAGGGACGCGCCGGAACCGACGGGGGAGGAGGGCGAGGACGCAGACAUGGAGCUGCCCAAGGUGUACGAGCCGGUGUCCGAGUUCGGCGAGCUGCGGGAGCGCCUCGACAUGUUCCUCUCGCAGUUCAACGAGAUGGUGCGGGGCGCCGGCAUGGACCUCGUCUUCUUCCCGGACGCCAUGCUGCACCUGGUCAAGAUUUCGCGCGUCAUCCGCCACCCGCGCGGCAACGUCAUGCUGGUCGGCGUGGGUGGAAGCGGCAAGCAGUCGCUCACCAAGCUCGCCUCCUUCAUCGCCGGCUAUAAGACUUUCCAGAUCGCACUCACCAGGUCGUACAACGUUGCGAACUUCCUGGAAGACCUGAAACUUCUCUACCGAACAUGUGGUGUCCAGGGAAAAGGUACGACUUUCAUCUUCACCGACCUAGACAUCAAAGAAGAAGGCUUUCUGGAGUAUCUCAACAACAUCCUAUCCUCUGGUGUCAUAUCGAACCUGUUCACGCGUGACGAACAGGCGGAAGUGAUUUCGGAGCUGACUCCCGUCAUGAAGCGCGAGAACCCGCGGCGCACACUGAACCACGAGGUGGUGAUGGAGUUCUUCCUGACGCGCACCUGCCAGAACCUGCACGUCGUCUUUUGUUUCUCUCCGGUGGGAGAGAAGUUCCGGAACCGCGUAAUGCGCUUCCCUGCGCUUGUGUCGGGGUGCACCAUCGACUGGUUCCAGCCCUGGCCACGGGAUGCGCUGGUCUUGGUGGCGAAGCACUUCCUCACUGACUUCGAAAUCGCUUGCACCGCAGAAGUCAAGUCAGAGUUGGUGAAUGCUCUGGGAUCCAUACAGGAUGUGGUUGCUACGACAUCCACAGAGUACUUCCAGAGAUUUCGCCGAGCAACACAUGUCACUCCAAAGUCGUAUCUCAACUUCAUUGGAGGAUAUAAGAACAUUUAUAAACAAAAGCAAUGGGAGCUAGGUGAAGGCGCGAGAAGAAUGGAUACGGGUCUAGCCAAGCUGGACGAGGCAUCUCAGUCUGUGGAGAUCUUGAAGUGCGACUUGGCUGUCAUGGAACAAGAGCUCGCACAGGCCUCGCAGAAAGCGGAGAGGGUGCUGAUGGAGGUGACGGAUCGCGCCAUGCAAGCGGAGACGGUGAAGAACCAGGUGCAGAAGGUGAAGGAGAAGGCUGAGGCGCUGGUGGGGCUCAUCACGGCUGAGAAGGCGCGCGCCGAGGAGAAGCUGGAGGCUGCCAAGCCCGCGCUCGAGGAGGCCGAGGCGGCGCUCAACACCAUCAAGCCCGCGCACAUCGCGACGGUGCGGAAGCUGGGCCGUCCGCCGCACCUCAUCAUGCGCAUCAUGGACUGCGUACUCAUCCUGUUCCAGCGCAAGCUGCAUCCCAUCAUCGCGGACACCGCUGCUCCCUGCCCAAAGCCUUCCUGGGCAGAGUCUCUUAAAAUGAUGGCGAGCACAACGUUCCUUCUGCAACUACAGAAUUAUCCGAAAGACAUAAUCAAUAACGAGAUGGUGGAACUGCUUCAGCCAUACUUUGAGAUGGAAGACUACAACAUGGACACAGCCAAAAGAGUAUGCGGCGACGUAGCUGGCUUGCUGUCUUGGACGAAGGCAAUGGCUUUCUUUCACAGUGUCAACAAGGAGGUCCUGCCUCUCAAGGCGAACCUGACGCUGCAGGAGGCGCGCCUCAAGGUGGCCAUGGAAGACCUGGCGCGCGCCGAGCAGGAGCUGGAGGACCGCGAGGGCGCGCUGCGCCAGGUGAAGGAGCAGUACGACGCCGCCGUGUCCGAGAAGCAGCGCCUCACCGACGCCGCCAACGUCUGCCUGCGCAAGAUGACAGCCGCCACGCAGCUCAUCAAUGGGCUGGGCGGGGAGAAGAUCCGCUGGACGCAGCAGAGCCGCGAGUUCAAGGAGCAGCUCGGCAGGCUAGUGGGUGACGUCGUAUUGGCUACUGGUUUCCUCUCGUACUGUGGCCCGUAUAACCAGGAGUUCCGGGCCGGACUCGUUAACAGCUGGAAGACUACGCUCAAGUCCAAGGAGAUCCCGUUCACUAACGACCUCAAUAUCACUAACAUGCUUGUAGAUAGUGCGACGGUUUCAGAGUGGACCCUGCAAGGCCUGCCGAAUGACGAGUUGUCUGUGCAGAACGCUCUGAUUGUGACCAAAUCCAGUUCGUACCCACUGCUGGUGGACCCUCAGACGCAGGGCAAGAUGUGGAUCAAGCACAAAGAGGCCUGCAACGAGUUGCAGAUAACUUCCCUGCACCACAAGUACUUCCGCACGCACCUGGAAGACAGCCUCUCCCUGGGCCGGCCGCUGCUCAUAGAGGACGUGGGCGAAGAACUCGACCCCAUCAUCGACAACGUACUGGAGAAGAACUUCAUCAAAUCGGGGAGCAUAGAGAAGGUGGUUGUUGGAGACAAAGAAUGCGACGUGAUGCCAGGUUUCAUGUUGUACAUCACAACAAAGCUCCCAAAUCCAGCAUAUUCACCGGAAAUUAGCGCCAAAACGUCUAUAAUUGACUUCACUGUGACAAUGCAGGGGCUGGAGGAUCAGUUGUUAGGAAGGGUGAUACUGAUGGAGAAAUCUGAUCUCGAGGCUGAGCGUGUCGCUCUGUUCGAAUCGGUGAUGCAGAAUCAGCGGAGUAUGAAGGAGCUUGAGAGCAAUCUACUCAGUCGUCUCACUUCAACGCAGGGCUCUCUGGUGGACGACGAAGCGCUGAUACGGGUUCUGCAAGAAACGAAGACGACGGCUGAGCAGGUGAACCAGAAGCUGAAGGUGGCGGCGCACACAGAGCGCAAGAUCACGGUGGCACGCGAGGAGUUUCGAGCCGUGGCGGCACGCGGCUCCAUCCUCUACUUCCUCAUCGUCGAGAUGAGCAACGUCAACGUCAUGUACCAGAACUCCCUCAAGCAGUUCCUCACCAUUUUCGAUAAUUCCAUAACAAAGUCCAGCAAGAGCUCCGUGACGGAGGAGCGCAUAAACAACAUCCUAGCGUACCUGACGCACGAAGUGUGGGUAUUCACGCUGCGCAGCCUGUACGAGAAGCACAAGCCGCUCUUCACCCUCAUGCUGGCCAUGAAGAUAGACUGCCACAAGGGGACCAUCUCGCACGACGAAUUCAACGCCUUUAUCAAAGGUGGUGCAUCGCUUGACCUGAAUGCUGUGGCGCCCAAGCCGUUCCGCUGGAUCUUGGACAUAACAUGGCUGAACUUGGUGGAAAUAAGCAAUUUACCAGCAUUUUCUGACAUCCUUACUUUGAUAGAAGAAAACGAACGUGAAUGGCGUGUGUGGUACGAGAAAGAGAAGCCAGAGGAGGAGGAUAUACCCUGCGGCUACCAACGAAGUCUGGACGUCUUCCGGAAGCUCCUGCUAAUACGCUCCUGGAGCCCAGAUCGCACGCUCUCUCAGGCUCGCAAAUACGUCAUGGAGUCGCUUGGGCCGGAGUACGGGGAGGCGAGCAUCCUGGACCUGGAGCUGACGUGGUCCGAGUCGGAGCCGCGCACGCCACUCAUCUGCAUCCUCUCCAUAGGCUCAGAUCCGUCGCCGCAGAUCACCAGCCUCGCCAGGGCCAAGGAAAUACCACUGCGGGCGGUGUCCAUGGGGCAGGGACAAGAGCUGUGCGCCCGCAGGCUCAUCUGCGACUCGAUGGCGGGCGGCGGCUGGGUGCUGCUGCAGAACAUUCACCUGUCGCUGCCAUUCUGCAGCGAAGCCAUGGACGCGCUCGUCGAGACGGAAAAUAUACACGAAAGCUUUCGUCUCUGGAUGACUACCGAGGUCCACACUCAGUUCCCCAUCGCUCUGCUGCAGAUGGCGAUUAAAUUUACAAACGAGCCACCGCAAGGAAUUCGAGCAAGUCUGAAGCGGACUUACCAGAACAUUACACAGGACACGCUGGACUACUCGACACAGCCGCAGUGGCCGCCGCUGCUCUACGCCGUGGCCUUCCUGCACACCGUGGUACAGGAGAGGCGCAAGUUCGGACCGCUCGGUUGGAACGUCCCGUACGAAUUCAACCAGGCCGACUUCGCUGCCAGUGUACAGUUCAUUCAGAACCAUUUGGACGACAUGGAUCCCAAGAAGGGCAUUUCGUGGCCGACAGUGUGCUACAUGCUGGGGGAGGUGCAGUACGGCGGCCGCGUCACCGACGACUUCGACAAACGGCUGCUGACCACGUUCACACACGUCUGGUUCUGCGACGUCCUGCUGCGGCCCGGCUUCGAGUUCUACCGCAACUACAAGGUGCCCAACACGCGGAACCUCCAGGGCUACAUCGACUACAUCAAUGGGCUGCCCGCCACCGACACGCCGGAGGUGUUCGGUCUCCAUGGCAACGCCGAUAUCACGUACCAAAUCAACACAGCCAAAGAAAUUCUCGACACUAUUCUCAAUGUGCAGCCAAAGGAAGGUGGGAGCCAAGGUGGCGAGACGAGGGAGAACAUUGUGUACCGUCUUGCAGAAGACAUGCUCGAGAAGCUACCCAAGCAGUACAACAGUUUCGAGGUGAAAGAAGCAUUACAGAGAAUGGGUGCGCUUCUGCCCAUGAACAUAUUCCUCCGUCAAGAAAUAGACCGCAUCCAGCGCGUCAUUCGUACAGUGCAGACAACGCUAUGUGACCUGAAGCUUGCUAUUGAUGGAACGAUCGUCAUGAGCCAGGGACUUCGUCAGUCGCUGGAUGCUAUGUACGACGCCCGUAUUCCGGAAAGCUGGCAGAAGGUGUCGUGGGAGUCGGCGACGCUGGGGUUCUGGUACACCGAGCUGCUGGAGAGGGACGCCCAGUUCCGGCGCUGGUGUACCCACGGCAGGCCCAACGUCUUCUGGAUGACAGGAUUCUUCAACCCACAAGGAUUUCUAACCGCCAUGCGCCAGGAAGUGACGAGAGCCCAUAAAGGGUGGGCCUUGGACUCAGUGGUUCUGCAAAACCUCAUUACGCGCCACAACAAGGAAGACCUCAACGACGCCCCGCCAGAAGGAGUGUAUGUCCACGGCCUCUUCCUUGAAGGAGCAAGUUUAGACAGGCGCUGUGGAAAACUAAUCGAAAGCAAACCUAAGGUUCUGUACGAGCAAAUGCCUGUCAUAUACAUAUAUGCUAUCAACACUACAGCGGGAAAAGAUCCGAAACUGUAUGAGUGCCCAAUAUACCGGAAGCCGCAGCGUACCGACCAGAAGUACGUGGGUUCGAUAGAUUUUGAAACUGACAACAAUCCUAGGCACUGGACCCUGCGAGGUGUGGCGCUUCUUUGUGACAUUAAAUAAUUAUU